UUAAAAUUGAUUACUAUUUAUUAUAAAAAUGUGAAUAUACAGUUUUAUUUUAAAUUGGUCACUGUAUGAAUACUGUCCACACAGACUGUAUAUUAAUUAAAAUACAUUAUUUUCAAUAUACAAAAAUAAUAAUUAUUAUUAUCUUUUUCUAUCCGCUAUAAUAGCAGUAAACAAACGAAGUCAUAGUGAUGAAUAUAGAAUAGUAAAAUAUAUAAAACUUCGUAAUAAUGAAGAAUCAUUUAAAAUUUAAAUCGUAACCAUGUUAGAAUACUGGAUCUUUAGUUUACAGACUAUUCGCACGCGGCGCUAAACUUGUAACGUCUACUAUUAGAGGAGAUUGUACAUAGUGUCUUUUUACAAAUCUCUUGCUCCAUCUCCAUCUGACUCCCUCUUUUUCUAUCUCCCCCUUCCAAUAUCCUACAGUUCUACUCUUCCUCUCAACUUCUCGAAGAUUUCCGCGUAUGUAUUGAGUUAAGCUUAAGAUCAGUGCGUACCAUCUUAAAUGUUCUCCAUUUGCACAACAAUCACAGUGUUUGGAAAACUAGUCAUUACGUAGACCACGUUCACGGUCCCUCGUGAACCACCCUAUAUAGAAAGUUUCAACAAUAAUUUUUACAGACUUUUUUUGUCUCUCUGUCUGCUUUCUGUUUGUCUCGGUUCCUCUUUCUCUUUGGGUGCGUGAGUGCGAAAAUAUCAGACAGUGCAAAGGAGUUCCACAUCGAUGUAUCGAUACUAAGGACUCCCGGGGGCGAGGUUUUGAGACAAUAGUUCCUGAGUGAGGUUACAUGGACUCGUUGAAAUGUCGUGGUUCCUUAAACGGCGGACUUACGAUUAGCUCGGGGAGGCAACAUCCGUGAGCAACGACAUCACAAUGCGCAUGUUGCUGCCACUGAGAUUGGUUUUCGUCGCAGCAAAUUUGCUGCUGGCAGCUACCAAAGCAAAUGUUCAUAUGCACUUGCAUUCUGACACUGCCAAACAUUUUUCGAUUGGAGAACAUGAACAAGCAAUUGCUGGAAUAGAGGCUAGCCUAUUGUCACUUCUUGGUUUUGCUAAAAGGCCAAAACCACAAGGUCCAGCUUAUGUUCCAGAAUCUUUAAAAAAACUUUUUGUUAAACAAAAUUCCAUUGGUAUGGCUGAUAUUGCUAGACCAGGUAUUAACGCUAGAUCUGCUAAUACAGUUCGCUCCUUUUCUCAUAUUGAAAGUGACUUGGAUCAUAAAUUUCAAUCUCCAAAUCGCUUUCGUCUUUCUUUUGACUUAAGCAGUAUACCUUCAGGAGAGAAAUUACAAGCUGCUGAAUUAAGUGUUUCUCGCAAAUCCAUAUUGAAUGAAAAAGAUUCCACACAAAAGUUGGGUAGAAUACUUGUUUAUGAUAUUUUACGUCCUGGUACAAAGGGACAUAGUGCUCCAUUACUGCGUUUAAUUGACAGCAAACCAGUUAAUACUAGGAAGAAUGGCACAAUUAGUUUAGAUGUUCACCCUGCUGUAGAGAGGUGGAUAGAUGAUCCUAAGAAUAAUCAUGGACUCUUGGUGCAUGUGCAUGGAAGUAAACAGGAGCAUGUACGUUUAAAAAGGAGUAUAAAUGAAAGAAACGAAACAUGGGUUAUUAGUCGACCAAUGUUAUUUACUUAUACAGAUGAUGGCAGGUAUAAAAUGUCCUCUGCAAGCCAAAUAAUGGACCGCCGUGCCAGAAGAGCUGCACUUCGAAAAAAUCGACGAAAAGAUGGUCGUGAAAACUGUAGACGACUCCCACUCUACGUUGAUUUUGCAGAUGUUGGUUGGAAUGAUUGGAUUGUAGCUCCUCCUGGUUAUGAUGCUUUUUAUUGUCAUGGCGAUUGCCCUUUUCCUCUGGCAGAUCAUUUAAAUUCUACUAAUCAUGCAAUUGUUCAGAACUUGGUCUAUUCAACAAAACCAAGCAUGGUGCCAAAGGCUUGUUGUGUACCUACCGCGCUCAGUUCAAUAUCCAUGCUCUAUCUUGACGAGGAGAAUAAAGUAGUUCUGAAAAAUUAUCAGGAUAUGGCUGUUCUUGGAUGUGGAUGCCGUUGACCAUUCACUGACUGGUUUAGUGAAAUAUUUUCAUAAUGAAGUAUUUAUGUGCAACAAAAAUGAAAAUGAUUUAAAAGACAUUAGCAAAGUGAGAUGAUAGAGAAUUAAAAGAUUUUGCGAAAUUUAAUGGAUAAUAAAUAUUGCCAUGUUUGAAGAGAACGUUGAAGUGUUCUUGAGUGUUUGUACAAUUUAGACACACUUAAGAGAUCUUAAAUUCAUUGAAUGCAAAAGAUCAAUUCAUUAUUAAUUAUACAAGAUUAUAGUAGUCCUGAAUGCCUAACUUGUCUAUCUAUGAAAUUACCAUAGAUAGGAAGGAUUUAUAUUAUAUAUGUUUUUGAUACAUCACAUUAUUAUACAAAAUUUAGAUAGGUAGGAAUAAUAAAAAAGUUUGGUAGAAAAUGUUUAACUUUUUAAAAAUAUAUGCACAUAGAUAUUGUUGAAAUGAAUAAUUAUUUUGCUACAUACGAUCGACUGAUCUAAUUAAUGAUAUACAAUUGAAAAGAGAUACGAUUUUAAGUAGAUUAUAAUCCUUAUUGUUGUGCCUUAUUUUGAAAACUUUUCUUUCAGAAAAGAGAAACAUUUUCUGAUGACGAUUUAAAUCAAGGUAAAUAUGCGUGCCAAAAUUUGAAGUAAAAUUUUUAAUUGAUCGAGUCAUCAUAUCUUUCGUCAUUGACGGCAGUAAAAAAAACUAACUUUUUAAAAGCAAGAAUUUUCUAGUAAACUCUUUUAUAGAAUAAUUACUCCUUUGGUACUUGAAAUUUAUCUUUUAUUAACUUUACUUCUUUUGUGAAAGUUAAUUUAAUAAUUAUUUAAAUAAUUGCAGUAUAUCUUGAUUGUGUAUCUCGAAAGCAAUUCGUCUAUUGCAAUAUUUUAAUGGAUACCAUAAAAGUGUAAAAUUUUAACUAAUUAUUCGAAAAAAUCUUAUUAUAGAAUAAUAGUUUAAAUAGAAUUUAUUUUUAAUUAAUCAAAAUGUCAAUCUAUUUUAACUUUAUUCUGUAAAGAAGUAUAAAACAUUUAAUAUUUCGUCCGUCGCAUAUGUUGUCGAAAUUAUGUGUAGUAAUUAUGCUUUUACUUUUCUUUAUUUUAAUGACGAUAAUCCAAUUUGAUAAUAUACGAAUAGCAUAAAUACAUGUUGGAAAUCCAGCUAAUUUAUAAAUUAACAACGUCUGCCGUCGGGAAGGACCGUACCUGCGUAAGGAACAAUUAUUUAUUCUGUUAACAAAGAAAUCUAAGCGUAUGUAUAUUUGUACAAAAACAAACAAGAAAAUUGUUAAGAAUCGUAAGUAAUUAUGGCGCGCGUCGGCCUGUAAAAUCUGUAAAAUAGAUAGAAAUAAAAAGGACCUGUGUAAAUAGUGCGUCUGUAUAGUGCAUUAGUAUAUAUAGUAUUUUAUUCGAUGUUUUAUUACUAUUUCUACGUUCUUCAAUUGUACACAGAUAUUGCGUGUGUAAAUAGUAAAUAAAUAUUAAUAAAUAGAUAUAUUAAAUUACA